AUGUACUUGAUGCUAUUCUUUGUUAAUGCUCGUUUUGAAGAAAAGUGUAGGGCAAAGGGAUAUCUUAAAGCAUGUUUAGCAUAUGAGGUUGUCUUCAUGCACACUGUUUUAGCAAUCACAAAUGAGCUUAAUGCAUCUUUUCAAAAGAAAGAGCAAGACAUUGCAAAUGACAUGCUACUUGUUGGUUUGGAAAAGGAGCGACUGCAAGAACUAAGAGGAGAAGAACUCAAUAAUCGUUUUGAUGAGGAGACAACUUAUUUGCUUCUUAGAAUUGCUUGCUUGAACCUACUUGAGAAUUAUAUUGUUGAUGUCCGGGAUCAUGAUAAAAGGUUUUUCGAUCUUAAGGGACUUGGUGAUUUUUCCAAGAAACUAAUAGAGACAAAGAAGCAUGGAACUUAUCCUCUUGUGUUCCGGGUAGUGGAAUUUGCUUUACUUCUGCCAGUUGCUACUGCUACAGUUGAAAGAACUUUCUCUGCGAUGAAGUUGAUUAAGAGUGACUUACGAAAUCGAAUGGAUGAUGAGCUUUUGAGUGGUUGUUUGGUGCCUUAUAUAGAAAAAGAAGUAUUUAGUAAUAUUUCUAAUGAGGCUAUUAUGGAUACCUUUCAAAAGAUGAAAUCUCGUCGAGGAGAAUUGUAA